UUAGAACAAUGGCGACCGGCUAUACUGUUUUUCAACAGUUUUAUGGUUCUUGGUACCAUUUUCGUUGUGGACAUGCCGACAGCACUACAACACGAAGUUAUUAACAGUCGGGACAUCACAACUGUUGGAGGUGGUACAAACAAUACAAACACAGAGAAUGCCUGCAAAGUGUGUCUCGGUUUAGGAGCAGUCCGUUACAAUCUGCUACACUCCUCCCUGCGAUGGACAUCAGCGAUCCUCAGUCUGCCUGUUGGAUAUCUGAUUGAUAGACUCGGCAACGGUCGAUCCGCCAUCUUGCUUACGUCACUUCAGUUCCUGGGGUCGAUCCUGUUCGCCGUAAGUGCUGUGUCUCAUGCCCCCAUAGUAACUGCAAUGUACGCAGUGAUGGUGGCAGGGAGGAUUCUACUGGCGUUUGGUGAAACACCUCUGUGUUUCGUUCAAGGUAGAGUUGUUGCCCACUGGUUCUCGGAGGAAUCUCUUCUGCCACUGUCCUUCAUUAUACUCAGUCAACGUGGAGGUUCGAUCCUGACGUUCUAUGUGUCUGCAACUGUUGCUGAUAAAGUAGGAUUUGGAGUGGCGGUAUGGAGUGGGGCAUGCCUAUGCGGACUGGGAGUGAUCUCGGCCAUCUGCCUAGCCAUGGCUCUUCGGAAAAUUCAGAUGAAGCAGGCAUCGAAGACCAGUGACACUAAUCGUACUACGUUUUCCGACAUAAAGGCUGUCCCCAGAAAAUUCUGGGUACAUGUAUGCAUGAUAGCAUUGCUGUAUGGGCAGGUAAUCAGCUUUCAUGCGAACUUACCGGAGUAUUUACUGUUACAAUACGGAUUUUCCCCAACAACGUCUUCGUACAUCACCGGCUCGGCAAUGCUGCCUUUCGUCGUUGGUCCUCUCGUUGCUAUGGCCUUGAAUAAGAUAGACUGCAUUGGAAUUUUAGUGACAUGUGCUGCAGUGACGAUCGUACCAGUUUUCUCGUUGUUAGGAUUUUGUCACUCCGUCCAUCCACUUUUCCUCACCAUUAGCCUGGGAUUUGCAAAUUGUGUUACCGAGCUGGGAAUGUGGCAGGUAGCGGUGUUGUUGGUGCCUCGUUCCUGUUUUGGCACGGUAACUGGGAUUAUGUAUCUCGUAAGAAACGUUGUGAUUGGUCUCACACUGCUACUGGAUGGAUAUUUACUACAGAAACAUGACAUACAUGGAAUAAGAGAUCCACUAGAGGGAUAUCAUGAUUUCUUCUUGGCUCUGGUAAUGCUGACGUCACUAUCAGUUCUCUGUGGUAUACUUCUCAAUGUUUGGGAUAUUAAUGACACAUGUGCAAUUAAUCAACGUUUGGGGAGAUGGAAACACAAGACUGACGAAAAAAGUAGUUUACUACAGAAAGCCAUAGAAAUGGACAUGACAGAGAAAAGUCCCGUUGGUGAUGGCAGUAUGAAAACUGGUAGCGGAGUAGCAGAUUAUCCAAAUGGACAUGAGGGGAACGAAACUAACAAAAGUAUAAAUGGCGAAGCUACCAGUUAA